CGGGCAGCCCAUUCCACGUGUCUGCUCCACCAGCUGGAAGUUUGGAUGGAUAACCCCAGAGCCAGGGGCUGGAGAGUUUGAUACGGACAGUGGCACUGUCCCCUCCCCGGGGACACCGGGACACUCUGCCCGUGUGUCCAUCCCGUCCGGCAUCUCCUGGGGCUGUGGAUGGAUGGGGACAAGGGCGAGGGGCUGUGCCUGCUCCACACGUGGGAACGCGGCUCCGCCGGGAGGAUUUGGGGACACUGAGCCCUUCUGCAGCUUCCCCCAGGCUGCGAGUGGCGGCAGCCGGCUGCGUUUCCUGGGGAGAGGCGCUCGUGGAAUUGCUAAUGCUCCAGCCGGAGGUGCAGCAUGCGGAGGGCUGCAGCUGCAGCAGCAGGUACGGCAACAACCCCGCCGUUAAUUAUUGACUCUCUCUCCAAUUAUCAGCCCUGAUAAGGAAGUGCCCCCCUCGACAGCCCAGGCAGCGCUUGGUGCUCUGGGUUUUCUGAGAAAGGUAACUAUUCCCUGGAAAAGUAACUCGCUUUAUGCACCGGGAUUCGACUGUCCUCGUAAAGGUCAUCCGAGAGCCGUGGGCUGCUCUGUUGGAAAAUCAAUCCCUCUUUUGUGCUUCUUGGUUUAAACUUGUAUUUGCUUUCUGAGCAAGGUCACAGCUCAGCUGACCAACUUUGUAACUGCUGGAACAGGCUGGGGUCCAGCCACGCCGCGUUUGCUGCUCCGAACCCUUCGCUGCCGGCUCUGGCCAUGGGAGAAGAUGCUUUGGAGGGAGGCGAGAGCUGCUGCUCCUCGGGGGGUUUGUAGGUGCCAGCAUGAGCAGGGGUGAAGCGACUCCUCAGCCCUUGCCAGAAGAUGUUUAAGUGACAGCCCAGUUAGACCCCACCAUGGAGAAGACAGAAGCAGAUGGCCAGCUACCCAAACCCGAUGGGGACAGGGAGCAGCCCCGCAGCCUCCCCUACUCCUUGGAGACACCCUACGGCUUCCACUUGGACCUGGACUUCCUGAAGUACGUGGAUGACAUCGAGAAAGGCAACACCAUCAGGAGGGUCCACAUCCACCGCAGAGCCAAGCAGCCCAAAUUCAACACCCUGCCCCGAAACUUCAGCCUGCCCGAGAACGGCUCCCGCGCCUGCUCCAGCGCCUCUCCCAGCAAGAGCUGGACCUCCACCUGCUCCUUCCCGCAGCGAAAGGCAUCCCUGGGCGAGGAGCCCCCCCGAGCCCCGCUGCCCGCCGAGGCGGAGGAGCCGAGCUACCGCCGGAGAGCGCUGCUGGCCGAGACGCGGCGGCAGGCGGAGCUGGGCUGGCCGCAGGAUGCGCUCCGGGCGCGGCCGCAGCUGCUGCGAGCCUCCAGCAUGCCCGAUGCGCUGCCCCCCGGCCAGACCCCCCCGGCCGGAGCCUCGCCCCUCCGGACCCCUCCGCAGCACCGCCACGACCAGGGAGGCUCCGAAAGCACCUCCCGGCCCGGCUCGGCCAGCAGCGCGGUAAUCCCGCAGCGGGAGAUGAGCUGGGAGCAGGACGGCUCCUUGGGGCAUCCCGGCUCCUUGGGGCUUCCCGGCUCCUUGGCGCAUCCCGGCUCCUUGGCGCAUCCCGGCUCCUUGGGGCAUCCCGGCUCCUUGGGGCAUCCCGGCUCCUUGGGGCAUCCCGGCUCCUUGGGGCUUCCCGGUGGGGUUCUGCCGGGGCUGGGCCCCGUGCAGCCCCCCUGGCAGAACCAGCAGCUGCAGGUGGUGAUGGAGAGCGGGGGCGAGGAGAGCGAUGCCGCCGAUGCCGGCAGUGAAGCAGCACCGCCGGCUGCCCCCCAGCUGGCAGAGGAGAACGUGAACCCUGCGGAAAGGCUAAGUGUGAGCGAGGUAGAUCUGAAUGUGCUGAAGGAAGGUGAGAAGAGGAAUGUCCAGGAUGGAGGGGACAAGGAGGGCGGUGUUCCCCAGGCUCCUGAUGGUGGAGAGCCCGGCGGGGUCGCGGCACUGAAGCAGCAGAUUGCUGAGCUGGAGGAGCAGCUGGCUAAGAAGAAAGAGGAGCUCGAGCAGGUCAGGGCAGUGCUGGAGCAGCAGGAUCAUGAGAUCCAGGAGAAGGAGAAAAGCAUUAAGCUGCUGGCCAGCUCCAAAGCUCAGCUGGAAGAGCAGCUGUGCCAGGAGAAGUCCAAAGAGGCUGAGCCGCGGUGGCGGCGGGGCAGCGGGGCCUUGCAGUGCCUCGAUGCUGCGGUGAACACCGAGCCCUCACAGGUGCCAGGGGUCAGGCAGGCCCAGGACAAAGGCAUCAACGUCAAUAUCCCACUCUCCACCAGAUCCAUCGGCUGCGGUGCCCACGGGGCAGACGGCACCAACGCGGAGGUGGGCGCGUGCGGAGAGCAGGGACUGGCGGGCGCUGGAGCAGAGGGACGUUCUGGUGAAGCCAGCAUGGAGGCUGGAAUUCCUGCUCCGAGCUUCACCCAGCUGCAGAUCCAUGAGCACCCCAGUGACGACAACCAGAACCACCAGAACUCCCUUGGCCCAAAUGCAGGUGGAAGCCAGGCAGGCUUUGGAGAAGAUAAAGCUCGGGAAGGGCUGCAAGAGGAAGGUGCCCCUGGCCACGAGGACGUCCCGGCUGUUGAUCCCAUCGGGCAAUAUGUCAAAAAGAUCCAGGAGCUCCUGCAGGAGCAGUGGCUGUGUUUGGAGCACGGGUACCCCGAGCUGGCCAGCGCUAUCAAGCAGCCGGCCUCCAAGCUCAGCUCCAUCCAGAACCAAUUAGUUAAUUCCCUAAACUCCCUGCUCUCUGCCUACUCCUCGCAAGGGCCCGUGGAUAAGGAGAAUUCCAACACACACUAUCAACAGUUGGAAAACUCUCCAACCACAAGUCUUAAAUCCAUCAUGAAAAAGAAAGGUUAUGGUUUCCAUGCAGGAGGCAAUGGGACCAAAAAGAAUCUCCAGUUUGUUGGGGUAAAUGGUGGCUACGAGACAACGUCAAGCGAAGACACGAGCUGUGACGACAGCGCUUCGGACGGCGACACCGACACCGAGGGCAGAGCCGGGGACCUGGAGCCCGAGCAGGCUGGAAGGGAAAGCAAAGAGGCUUCCUCAGGGGAGAAGAGUGAGGAUGAUGAUGAUGAUGAUGAGCAGGAGGCAUCAGCAGGAGCAGCACCCUGCUCUCAGCACCAGGCUCACAGAUGCAAACCCUCUGAAGAUUUCCUUGCUGCCUGCCAGCUCCUCAGUGAACACCUCCCAGAAAUCAGGAGCACAAGCAACAAACAUCUGCAGCACGUCCUCGGCUCCAUCUCUCAGGAGUGGUUCCAGGUGUCCAGCCACAAAUCUUCCAGCCCAGAGGUGGUGGCAGCGUACCUGGAGGCGCUGGGGGACAUCCAGCCCCAGCUGCUGGAGACCGUGGUGAACCUGCCCGACAGGAACGGCAACACAGCUCUGCACUACAGCGUGUCCCACUCCAACUUCCCGGUUGCAAAGCUCCUGCUGGACACGGGCACGUGCUGCCUGGACCUGCAGAACCGUGCUGGAUACACGGCCGUGAUGCUCACACCGCUGGCGGCCCCCGAGACCCGCCAGGACAUGGAGGUGGUGAUGAGGCUGCUGAAGGAGGGGGAUGUCAACCUGAGAGCUGCCCAGGGAGGCCAGACCGCGCUGAUGCUGGGGGUCAGCCACGAGAGGGAUGACAUGGUGCGAGCCCUGCUGUCCUGCCAGGCCGAUGUCAACCUGCAGGACGAGGAGGGGACCACGGCCCUGAUGGUGGCCUGUCGCCAGGGCAACGCCGACAUCGUCAGGCUGCUCCUGGCCCAGCCGGGCUGCCAGGUCACGCUGACUGACAAGGGUGGGAACUCGGCGCUGUCACUGGCCCACGGGGACAUUGCCGCGCUCCUGCGAGCCCACAUGGAGCUCAGCCCGUCCCUGUCCGUGUGAACAGCGGGCAGGAAAAGCCAGGAUGGAGCUGGGAGUGAACAGCUCCUGCCUGAACAGCACCGCUGAGGCAGCACCAGCACAGCGGGGUCACAGGGGAGCAACCUCCCUGCACUAUCUGAAUAAUGUUCUGUGCCUGAUUCUCCUCAUCCAUCCCACUCACAGCCCGGAUCUGCAGCCAGUGCAGACUCCAGGCUCUCCUGGCCGCUCCUCCCGGGGCAGAUUUGGCAGGUGAGCAACCAAAACGAACGAGAAAAGCACAUUACAACGGCAAUACUUAGUCUUUUGUAACCUGAGGUUAUGGGUGUCCUUUUAAUCGACUACUUAACUGUAUCUCAUUUAACUUGUAAGUUUGUGUCCUAAUAUUUAUUAUCAGCUCUUCUGUAAGUAGUGGCAGGCAGCGAUUACUCAGUGUAUGUAACAACAAACACAAGCUGGAUGGAUUGUGGAAAGCAUAAAAUCCUAUUUAUGUUUGCUUAUGCGGGUCUGAUGUAAGAAUUAAAAAUUAAUGCUGUAGGAAAAUAUUUGAGUAUGCCAGACCCAAACACACAGACAUUGUUUUGCCUGGGUUUGGAAUUACCAUAUGGCUGUUAUUUUUCCCUAAUUAAGUUUGAGCUAACGGGGAAGCACAGCCCAUUGACAGGCUCUGCUUCACGGCAGGGCGGAGCAGGGCAUUCCAAGCACGGGAAGAUCCCAGCAGAUUCCCAUCACAGGCUGGGGGAAUGUUGUCCAGGAGCUCCCUGGAGUGGCUUUGCUGGCAGAUGCCUUUUGGACCAGCUCGUUGCUUUGCCUCUGCUCAAUUUUAAUAUUCCCAAACUCCUCCUGUAAAGCCAAGCCGUGAUUUAGCUGCUGGAAUCGGGUCUGCCCCACCAGGGAGCACCCACAGGCUCCAGCAUCACCUCAAAUCAGGGUUUUUUCUUAAAUCCCUCUGCUUCUGACAGAGAGGGAGGCUGGGCUCAGGCCCCACUUUUCCAAGCAUCUUUGUUUUGCUGGAUCAGGACCCACUGGGUGCUCUCCCUUGGCUUUCCUGGAGCAAACCCUCAUCUCCCUGAUUAGCUAAUUACUCCUCUUUUUUUGUAAGCAGAAGUAAAUCCCGGACCACUGUGCUUGUUGUUAAGUCAGUUCACAUCCUGACAAAAUGUCUCUUGAGCUGCCUUGAGCCCCCAUCUUUGCAGGGAGGGGAGAACAGCCCUGACCUUGGUUUUCCAUGGAAAUCUGCCAUCUGCUCAAUUUUCUUUCCUUUCUCCACAUUUUCAGUCCAGAGCAUUCACUAUCUCAGACUUCUGCCUUUUUUUUUUAAUCUAUAUCCCAAAAUGCCUCCUUUAUCUAUAAAUAAAAUGAAUUAAACCUUU